AUCGGCGAGUGAAUUGAUCUCACGUCGAGGUGUGUUCUCUCGGAGGCAGUAUGGAUCGGUUGAGCAGUUAUCAGCAUCAGUUGAAGGUGGUGGGGCAGUGGAUGCUAUCGUGCGCCGCUACCGCCUCGAGAACGGUAACUCUCUCGGAGAAAAAGAUGAGUUGUUUGGUCCGCCGAGUGCCCCUGUGCUUGAGAACCCCGAGUUUCAGACGAGAUGGUACUUCAAAUAUUUUCUCGGUAAAAUGCACCAAAACUACAUAGGCGUAGACGGAGCGAGGGAACCUUAUUUACUUAGCGUUGUCCAAGAAGGAGCGGGACUUCUACGUGCAAUAUUAUUUAACAAAAUGGGUGCUCACAAAAUAUAUCUACCAGCAAGCGCGUGGAGUGGUGGUGGAGGUCAAACACCUACAAGACCAACAGUUAAGCAAAUCCUUGCUCAAUUCACAGCCAUGGAAAGAGUAGAUAAAGUUCCUCGAGAGAUUACGUGCCCGGAACUACAAAAGGAUAUUUUGCUGCUCGAAGAACAAGAGGGUUCCGUGAACUUCAAGAUUGGGAUUAUGCUAAUGAGGCCUGGCCAAAGGACCGAUGACGAAAUGCUCUCUAAUGAGAAAGGAAACGAAAAAUGGCAGCGUUUUAUCUCCCUACUGGGCGACAAAAUUCGAUUAAGAGGCUGGAACCGUUUCCGAGGCGGACUCGACGUCAAAGGAGACAUGACCGGCAGCCAUUCGAUUUAUACUAUGCAUCAAGGACAUGAGAUUAUGUUCCACGUCUCCACAAUGUUACCAUUCUCCAAGGAUAAUAAACAACAGCUGGAAAGGAAAAGACACAUCGGCAACGACAUAGUAAAUAUUAUAUUCACAGAAGACUCUACACACAAUACAUUUAAUCCGCAAUACGUUAAGAGUCACUUCACUCAUAUAUUCGCGGUGGUGUCGGAGGUGGACGGCGAGGGGUACCGGCUGAGCGUGUACAGCGACGACAGUGUGCCGCCCUUCGGGCCCUCUCUGCCCUGCCCACCGGUAUUCAACGACCCCCAACUCUUCAGAGAGUUUCUGUUGGUUAAGUUGAUGAAUGGUGAGAAGGCUGCCUUCCAGACCCCGACGUUUGCAUUGAAACGUCAGCGAACCCUCGACACCCUCAUUAGAGAUAUCUACGCAGAACAUUGUUCGGAUCACAAAGUCCCGAUGCUCUCGCGGCGCGCGCUGUCGGAUGUGUGGUCAGGGGGUGCAGGCGCGGGCGGUGCGGGUGCAGCACGUACUGAACGCUUCCUGCACGUAGGCCAGGCACUGAAACUAGAUGCCGUUCUGCGCGGAGACGCGCCCACCAGCCUAGUCUCCACUGGUUCGGGUGGUUCUCGUCGGGCGCCGUGGGAAGGGCGCGUGUGGCGCGCGGCACCGCUGCCGGCAACCCCGGUCUGCGCUGAACAACUCUCCGAGGGCCGACUGCUGCUAUCCACUACUUCUAAUACCUACAUACUAGAAGAGAGUGGUACAACAAGAGUGGUGCUCCGCUGGGAGGGGUGCGUACGGGCUGCGCGUGUGACGGACCGCGUCGGUUUGUUCCGCGUGGGACCAAGAGUGGUGGCGGGAGGCGGGUCAACGACGGGCGGCGCGGGCGGUGCAGGGCUUUACGCGCUGCCGCUGCCGGAGCUAUGCGCCGGUGCCUGGGCCAUGCGCCCGUUGCAAGACUGCAAGCACGCCCGCCUCCCCCGCACUAAGACCGCACACUACUUCGACGUUAUCGAAAAUGUUGACGGAGGCAAGACGUUACUAGCCGUGGCUAUUGGUAGAAGAGUCAUCUUGUUACUCGAAGAACAAAAGACUGAAAACGAAAUGGGCUUUGAGUAUACGCAUAUCAAGGAUAUUCAAUUGAAUGAAUCUCCAAUUUUAAUUAAACUGAUGGACGGUGAAGUACCGGUUGUUGUGGUUGGCUAUAAACAUCAUUGGGAAGUUCUGGAAACUACAACAGGACAGGCUAUAAAACGAGCGGAGGGUUCUGAGGACAGCGGGCCACGGCGCGGCGCUCUGGUCAACGCUCUGCGGAUUGGCGACGAACGUGACGGACAAAUUAUAUUGUGCUACAAUCAUACUUGUCAUUUUGAACGUAUCACCAGCAAGGGUCUUGAAAGUGACAGCGAGUACGAUUUCCAUUGGACAACAGUGCCUACGGCUGUUGUUUGUGCGUUCCCGUAUAUAAUGGCAUUCGCCGAAGACCUAUUAGAAAUCCGGCUUGUUGCGAAUGGCUCAUUAGUACACGCCGCUUGCAUUCCAGGACUGAAGUUACUUUGUGGCCGAAGAGACAUCUUCUACGUAGCGUGUGCGCCGGAGUACGUGCCGCUGGGUCGUGAGCUGGAUCCCGGCCUGCACGAUACAUACGACCUACUGCGACACAUCACCAGACAGCCCAAUACAUACUCUGUAGACGAUGACGACGCUGACAAAAGCGAUCAGGGUCAGAACAACCGCACAUCAGAAGAUAACUCAGCAUCUAGUCGCAGCAGCUCGGUAUCCUCGGAGCAGGAGAACAUUCGACCGCCGUUGCAGCGCAUGGCGCCCGUCUCACCGCCCACCUCUCCGCAAGUGUUACCAGAGAAUAGUGGGCGAUGCGUUCGCAUAUACAAGAUCCCUCAGAGCAACCUAAGCGCAGGUGCCUAUCAACGACAGUCUGUUUCCGCGGAUCAAGUAGUAACUUCCUACUUUUCAGACAGGCCCAAUAGCAUAAAACAAAGAUUAGCAGAGCUAAGACUGGACAGUAAAUCACGAGGUGGAGGUGAAGAAGAUACGCUGUAAGCAUUUUCGUGGUAAGGGCAGCGAUUGUAAAUGUGUGUUUACAC